CCAAGAAUGUGGCGGCCGAUGUGUCUCAGAAGCUGUGUGAUUCGGUUGGGGCCCGCCUGGAAGGACGAGUCCUGGGCAGCUUCACAGGCGUGGCAUCCACGGUGCGGGCCACCCUGGUUGACGCACUGGUGCAGCUGCUUUCGCCCAAGCGCCGUGUCAACCUGCUGCGAGACGUCCUGGAGGCCCAGCGUGCUUCGCGUCCGUUCGUCAUUACAUUCUGUGGGAAUGGAGUUGGAAAGUCCACCAACUUGGCCAAGAUCUGUUUCUGGCUUAUCGAAAACAACUGCCGGGUUCUGAUUGCCGCCUGCGACACAUUCCGAGCUGGUGCCGUGGCACUGCGUACCCACAUGCGUCACCUGAACGCUCUGCACCCACCCGAAAAGCAUGGCGGCAAGCAGAUGGUGCAGCUGUAUGAGAAGGGUUAUGGAAAGGAUGCUGCGGGCAUCGCCAUGGAGGCCAUCAACUACGCUCGUGAAACAAGAAUCGAUGUGGCUAUUGACACAGCUGGAAGAAUGCAGGAUAAUGAACCUCUAAUGCGGGCACUGGCGAAACUGAUUACAGUGAACAAGCCUGACCUAGUGCUUUUUGUGGGGGAGGCCUUGGUUGGCAACGAGGCUGUGGAUCAGCUCGUGAAAUUCAACCAGGCUCUUGCGGAUCACUCGAGUGAGGAGAACCCGCACCUCAUUGACGGAAUUGUGCUCACCAAGUUUGACACCAUUGAUGACAAGGUCGGUGCUGCGAUCUCAAUGACCUACAUCACCGGACAGCCUAUUGUUUUUGUUGGCACGGGACAGACCUACAUUGACCUGAAAACGAUCAAUGCCAAGGCUGUGGUGCACGCACUCAUGAAGUAGACAGCACCAGUGGAAGUUUGGCCGCCUUGGUACCCUGGCCCGGCUACACCCUUUCCGGCCUUUCUUGCUUAGGGCAGUAGCAGCCUUGUUAAGAGUGCCACGCUUUUCCUUUUUUUUGUUGUGAGAAAUAAGCCUUGUUAUACAAAGUGUUCUUUCCUCAUGGUGUUAUUGUUUACAUGUCGACACUGAACAACUAAGAGGUUUUUUUUCUCGGUGUCUUUUGAUGAAAGAUUUAUGAUUUUAUUGUGUCAUCUGCCACACGUAUGUUGAUUUUGUAACAUUCCCUUGACGCUACCCUUUUUUCCCAUUAUUUCUCCAUUUGUUGAGGAAUUCACAGCCGAAGUUCUCGUCUAUAUCGGAAACUGUGAACUCUUAUAUGCGACGUCUGAUUCCUGUAUUUAUUUUUUAUGGGCUUUCAGAUCACUUGUUUUUUGUUUUAUUUUUUUGCUCAAUGCAUGCUCACAAAAUGAAAUAAUUAUUUACAUAUGAUUAUCUGUACAGCCUUGCUCUGAAAAUCGUAGUUGUCUUAUACAUAUUUGUUACAUGCUAAGUGUUCGCCGCAGUUCUUAAAAAAAAAUCUCGGUUGCACCUAAAUGCUGUACAAUUAAUGCACUUUUGUAUAAUUUUAUGUAGUACUUCAAUGCAAUGGCAGCGCGCGUUUCGGUGGCCCCAGUUCGAAUGUACGCUACGAUAUGCUGGCGCACGUUGGCUGUGAACCGCACUGUAACUUAACUAUGGUGCCCUCUCUAACGUCGCCAUGCUGUGCUAUGGGCACUAUAAUCAGUUUACACUUGACUUGAGGAGCAGUGAUCAUUUGUGCCUGAAAAUAAAGUAUGUGUUUCACUCUGCCGUA